CGCGUGCGUGUGCGCGUGCGUGUGAAGUCACUGCCAGCUCAGACAGACACGGUGCCGCUGGGAGAGGAGGAGGACGACACGGUGAAACACUCGGUCUGUUUUCUCCUUAAAGAAAAAAACAACAACUUUGUUAACUCCACAACAGGAACUAACAUUUUUACUGGCUUCGUUUCUGAACGUGUCGGGCUGAGAGGUGAUGCUGGGGGUGGCCGGGAUGACGGGCAGCAUUGCUAAUGCCCUGGCCAACGCGGCCUGUGAGCGAUGUAAGAGCGGCUUUGCCGCGACCGAGAAGAUUGUCAAUAGUAACGGGGAGCUGUACCACGAGCAGUGCUUUGUGUGUGCCCAGUGUUUCCAGCAGUUUCCAGAAGGACUCUUCUAUGAGUUUGAAGGAAGAAAAUAUUGUGAACAUGACUUCCAGAUGCUCUUCGCUCCUUGCUGUCACCAGUGUGGGGAGUUCAUCAUUGGUCGUGUCAUUAAGGCCAUGAACAAUAGUUGGCAUCCUGACUGCUUCUGCUGUGACAUUUGCCAGGCUGUGCUUGCAGACGUGGGGUUUGUCAAAAAUGCUGGCAGACACCUGUGUCGCCCGUGCCAUAACCGCGAGAAAGCUCGCGGCCUGGGCAAGUAUAUCUGCCAGAAGUGCCAUGCCAUCAUUGAAGAGCAGCCACUGAUCUUUAAGAAUGAUCCCUAUCACCCUGACCACUUCAACUGCAACAACUGCGGGAAGGAAUUGACGGCUGAAGCCAGGGAACUAAAGGGAGAGCUCUACUGUUUGCCCUGCCACGAUAAGAUGGGUGUACCAAUCUGUGGUGCCUGCAGGAGACCCAUCGAGGGGCGUGUUGUCAACGCCAUGGGCAAGCAGUGGCAUGUGGAGCAUUUUGUGUGCGCCAAGUGUGAAAAGCCUUUCCUCGGCCAUCGCCAUUAUGAGCGGAAGGGGUUGGCUUACUGCGAGACUCAUUAUAACCAGCUCUUCGGUGAUGUGUGCUAUCACUGCAACCGUGUGAUUGAAGGCGAUGUGGUGUCUGCUCUCAACAAGGCCUGGUGUGUCAGUUGUUUCUCGUGCUCUACCUGCAACACAAAACUCACUCUCAAGAACAAGUUUGUGGAGUUUGACAUGAAGCCUGUUUGUAAAAAGUGCUAUGAGAAGUUUCCUCUGGAGCUGAAGAAAAGGCUCAAAAAGCUGGCCGAGUCUUUGGGACGCAAGUGAGAUGCCUCAGGCCAAAAAAAAACCUGGAAUUAUUUCAACGCUGCCUGUGAUGGUAAAACGUCCAGAAGAGCCCAGCAUUGUAUCAGUACAUUGAUAUUAGUAAUUUAAAUCUGGGAUCCAUUAAAAAGAUCUAAAUAUACAUUAUAUCACUGUGGUAUAGAUAUAAAGGUACGUACCUGUUAGAUGUUCUUUUUUUUACAUGCAAAUUAUCUUUUUUUAUACAUUCCUAAAUUGUCUAAAUUUGUUAUUGUCCCCCCUACAUAAGACGUGGUGUCCCAGUUUAUUAUGACUUAACCAUGAGCAUAAUUUCUGAUUUUAAAAGAUCGUCGUUCUGCCUUGUUUUGAAUUACAUGCGUGCCUUGAAUAUAUGAACUAUGUGUCUUAAAAUGUAACUUGUAUAGAGUUAUGAUACAGUAAAUCUAUAAUAAUUAGACAAAGCAGAAUUUAUUGGACUUUUAUACCUCAGUAUAAAUAAUUACUUUUGUGCUAACAUGGAAAAAUAAAUAAAUAACAUGUUUCAAGAAAACUUCAAAUGAGCUAUUACAGGGAGCAAGGCUCAUCUGUGAACCACCAGUUGUUAAUGAACCCACCCUUGGAUGUUUACUCAGUUAAUCUAACACAUAUCUACUGGUGAUGUUAAAUAUAAGGAGUGUGUAUGCGUUGUUUAGAACUCCAGACUUGACUCUGACAACAUAUGAAUUGCCCAGUUAGCCCCUUAUUACAACGUUUUCAAACACCAGCAGUAAAUCGUGAGAAAUUAUAAAGAUCAGAGCAUGUUAUUGGCAUAAGAAAAAAACACAAAUUCAGCGUAUCUUUUAAAAUAAUCCAUUGGUAUUGCAACCUUCAGUAUGUACUGUGUGCUUUCAGUAUGUAGGGUAACGUUGAUGCACUGUACUCUAAUGUUUUGCAAGUUUCUGAAGGAAACGGUUCAAAGGAAUCCACAUAAUUAUUAGCAACACAAGAACACGUUGAUGUUAAAAUAUCAUGAAUGAAUCAGCACGUUGCUUGGGAUGAUUGUAAGUUCCACAAAAACAAAAAUUAUAUUUUCUUGAAUGAACUUUUUUUUUUUAAAUUAUGGAACACUUUUUGCAUCAACAUUUUAUUUGCCAGAGUUUACAUUUGAUUGAUUUGCAAGAAAUUGAAAAUUACAGUUUACUGCAGCACAUAUACUGUAUUUGAUUUUCUGCUUAAUGAUCAAUAAAGUAUUCCUAAACACA